UAUUUCUUUGCUCAAAGUUUAUGAAAUAUUCAAUGGUCUGGUUCCUAUAAACACGAUCCCUGCAGCUACCUAGCAUCCUCAACCUCACUCAUCAAAUUUAUACACUCCAGUUUGAUAUCAAAACCACGUACAUGAGCUCCAAGGAAAGUCAGAUGGGAACAUCCUCUACUGAAGAUCAGGAGAGUAUCUCCGAGUAUGCUAUGCAACUAACAAGUGCAUCGGUGCUGCCCAGUGUGCUGAAAGCAGCAAUAGAUCUUGGUGUGCUUCAGAUUAUUGGGGAAGCAGGUCCUGGAGCCCUUCUCUCUGCUUCCCAAAUAGCAUCCGAGCUCUCCACUCACAGCAACGCCAACCUUGUUUCGUCUUUGCUUCUUGAUUGUAUGCUACGCAUUCUAGCUAGCCACUCAAUUCUCACUUGCUCUCUCACCCACCAGAACGAUGGUCACGUUCUCAGGCUUUACGGUUUGGCUCCUGUCUCAAAAUACUUUGACCGAAGCAGCCAGGAUGGAGGACCACUGGUUGCCAUGCUAGAUUUGAUGCAGGACAAAGACGUCAUGAGUAUCUGGGACCAUUUGAAAGACGCAGUUCUGGAAGGUGUACUACCCUGCUACAAGGAUCAUGGGAUGAACAUGAGUGAGUUUUUGGGAAAGGAUGCAAGAUUCCACGAAACUUUCAGGGGCUUAAUGAAAUCUUUAAGCCCAGCACUUAUGGAGAAGAUCCUUGAGACGUACAAGGGCUUUGAAGGCCUGAAGUCGCUUGUGGAUGUGGGCGGUCAUGAUGGCACCAUCCUCAACACCAUCAUAUCCAAGUACCCUUCCAUCAAGGGCGUUAACUUUGACAUGGCUUCGGUUAUAGAAAAGUCAGCCCCCUAUCCGGGUAUUGAGCACGUUGCAGGAGACAUGUUUGUAAGCAUUCCAAAAGGGGAUGCCAUUUUCAUGAAGUGGAUAAUUCAUCAUUACAACGACGAAGAUAGCUUGAAGGUACUAAAAAAUUGUUAUGAAGCACUACCAGAACAUGGGAAAGUGAUAUUAGUUGAUAUGGUGGUUCCAGAAGUCCCUGAAACUAGUGCUGCUCAUAAAAGCUUGUUUCAAUUUUAUUUGUUCAUAAUGAAUGCGAACCCACAAGGUAAGGAGAGGACAGAAAGAGAACUCGAAAGUUUGGCAAAGGCAGCAGGAUUUUCUGGUAUUAAGGUGGCAGGCUUUGCUUAUGGCUAUUCACUCGUGGAGUUCUACAAGAAUAUGUAGCAUUUUGGUCAGGACAUGUUCUAGGUAUGACCGUAUCUGUAGCCCUAUGUGAUAACAAUAACAAACCAACUUCUGUUUGCUCAUGUGAUCUUAUUGAUUUGCUAUUUGGUUAGACUACGUGGUGUAUUUUCAAAAUUUAAAUUUGAUAUAGA